CGCGUUCCCGGAAGAGCUCAGAGGUGGGCGCAGUGUGGUCCCAGCCCGUGGCCCCAGAGGCCAGUGGGGUGAUGAUGAGGAAGCUAAUGAGGGGAGAGCCAGCUGAUGAGCAGAAAACUUAUAGCCCAGCUUUGAUUAAAGAUGACUUCAUUGUUUACUCAAGAAAUUCACCUUUCUAAAAGACAUGAAGAAAUAGUAUCACAAAGAUUAAUGUUACUUCAGAAAAUGAAAAAUAAAUUUGGAGAUCAAAACACAGAAAGGGCAUCUCUCCUCCAAGCCAUUGAGACUGCUUCUAGAAGAAACCUCCGGCUCUUGCAGGACAUAGACGCUGCAGAGAAGGCUUUUCAGACCAAGUUUACCCCACACCCACAGCCUGCGAUGCUUUCUCUUGAGACUUGUUACUGGGCAUCAGUAGAAGAACAUAUCCCCAAAUGGGAACCGUUUCUUUUAGGAAGAGCACUGUAUCCGAUUGGUGCUGAAAAUCAAAAUGAGGCACCAUUUGUUCAAAAGGAGGCAAAGUCGUAACUUAUUCAUAUGCUCUUAAAAAAAAAAAACCUAUUUGAUAAAACUAUGUAAGUCAUGAGAGGAACUUAGGGAAGAAGUUUUAUUUUGUUAUUGUUUUCUAUUGUUUCAUUGUUUCCUCGGCAGCAGCAGCAGCAUGAGAGUCCUCUGUAAAGUGUCAGUUUAGACCCGUGCACGGUCAUAGAUUUGCCAAGAAAAGUAUUAAAAAUUAGUGGCAAGACAUAACGUUUGUUAAAGAUGGCAUUAAAUCAGUGUUGUGUGUGCUUAAAACCCACACCCUCAUUCUCAAGUAAACAGAUUGGCUGCAGGUAUCUUAGAGUCAUGGUUUUCCACCAUUCACUAUGGGAACAGGAGCGGGAGCAAGGCACUGGCUUGCUUCCGUGAAAGUCUGCCAUGCUUAGAUGCUCUUGUUCAAUACUAGUUAUCAGAAAAUAGAUUCAUGGGGUUGUGUGCCUCAGACAGACUUCUCCAAGUCCUUAACUAUAAAGCAUUCAAUAUGUAGCCAGUUUGGGGAAGGUUUGGGGUAGUUUUGAAAAAAAUCUAUGAGAGCUGGGAAUGGCUACUGAAUUCUGACAGGCUUAUUUGAAGAUUACCAACCUUGUGAAAACAAAUACCCCUCCCUAAAUGUUAUCUUUCAAUUCGCCCUCUCCCUCCUUUCUAUUAUUAUCUCUAAAACUUAAAAAUAAAACAAACUCAGAAAGCUGUGGAUCACAACCCUCA